UAUAUUACCCAACCUCUACCCCAAAAGACUUUCACUUUUCAUACAACAUUAUCAGAAGCAGUUUUGCUAAGAAUAAACAGAGCCUGGCUCCCUUCUCCCCUCACUGCAAAGGAGCUGCCGCUCUAAAAGGUCGGGAUGACUCUUUGGGAGGGAGGCUAAGGGUGACACUACAGCAGUGACCUGGGGACAGUGCAGGGAUUAGGCUGCCUUCAGCCCUUACUGAUUUUUGGUAAAAAUCCUGGCUGAGCCUGCACAGUCCCACCCUGGGAUGAGCCCCAGCUGUGUGUGAGCAUCCUCCUCCCUGGGUGGCUCACAGGGAACAGAGCAAGAGGCACUGCAGCCUUCGAGAUGCCAGAAUAAAAACGUGUAAGAUGACACAAGGUUUUGUCAGAGGCAAACCCCCACAUCUCAACAAAUGCAGGUUUUGAUCUGGUGACUCCAAGCCCUGGCACUGGAACUCUGGAAAGGCUGUUGCCAAAAGCCCCUGGGGGAAGGGGAGUGUUGAGUGCUCCGAGCACCACGGCGCUGUCGGAUCAUAACCGGUGCUGACCACACCUAGAGCUCAGUCCUGCUGUGGGCUGCACACACACACUCUGCUCCUGCUCCCGGGAUCAGCCAGCAGCACAAACCCCUGGAAAAGGGACAGCUGCAGAACAAAACUCGGGAGAAACACCAACUCGCCAAAGCAGAGCCCGUCAUCUGCCUGGGAGGAGCAGGGAGCAGGCAGCCCCAGGGAGCCAGGAGAGCCAUGCCGGACUCCUUCACCAUCCACUUCCUCAAGGUGCUUCGGGAGCUGCUGGCCUUUGUGCUGUUCAGCUACACGGUGCUGCUCGGGGCGCUGCUGCUGGCCGGCUGGACCACCUACUUCAUGGUGCUGAAAUGAGGGCUCUGCCUCUGCUCCUGCUGCUCCCACGGGCUGACCAGAGGCACCUGGCUGCACAAAACAGCUCUGCACACAGGAUGGAGGAGGCCCCUUCCCCCUGCGCCAAACCCGUAAGAGUUCUGAGCUCUCGCUGCCUCAUCGCGGUCUUGUUUUCCUGUGUAAAAAUAAUAAAGGUUAAAAGAAAAGCUAUCCCCGAGUAUGCACUUUACAGAUCCUUGUGGCUCUCGUAGAUUCUUUUGUGUCUCCUGGACGUUUGUUUCUGUUCUCUGAACUAUUUUAAAGCCUCCCAGCGGUUUUCUCCCG